GUAGCCUGCUGGUUAGUUUGUUGUGGGGGUCGCCUCUGGCCACAGGGCAGUCAUCAGACGAGCGACUGAAAAACGAGACGGGAACGCCCCACCAGAACAAAGUGCUACAAUCUACUGACUACACGAGGCCCACCGCGAGGGGCUGACGUGUACGAUUACAACGGCCAAAGAUAGACAUUCUCCAUUGCGGAGCACGUGCUUGUUAAUUAGUGUUUGGAUAGUUCGUGUUUGUUCACCGCCUGAGGAGGGGGGUAAGCCAUUUUGUUAAUCCUACAGGACUCCGUGAUGGAAGGAAAAGUUUAAAACGAUUACCGUAUUAUUUUUUUACAUUUUUAUUUUUAAAAUGUGGUUAAUUAAUUCGCUACGGAAUGAAUUGAGGACUUCUAAGGAUUGUGUAACACAGUGGUUCUCAACCUAAACUAAUGCCACGAACCUUUAAUACAGUUCCUCUUGUUGGGGUAACCCGUAACCAUAAAAUUAUUUACGUUGUUACUUCAUAAAUAUGUGUUUUCCGAUGAUCUGAGGCGACCCAAGGUAAGGGUCGCGACCCACAUGUUGAGGACCGCUGGUGUAACAUGACUCUCAAUGACAGUGGGCAUAUUUUGGCUUUUUAAAAUGUAAUGGCACUGAUAAAAAUAGAAUGAGUCAUGCAAUUAUUUUACUAAUACCAAAUAAAUGAUCAGCCUAUUUGACUCUUCAUAUGUAUUUAUAUGUAGGCCUAUGUAUGUUAUAUAAUCAUGUGUGUCUCUAUAAUUAUGUAUAUGUUUGUAUGUGUGUCUGUAUAUGCAGGCGAUGUGUUACUGUAUAAUAUGUAGGCCGUGUAUGUUGUAUUAACAUGUGUGUGUGCGUCUGUAUGUGCUUGAAUGUGGAUCUGUAUAUAGUGGUCUGUGUAUGUUAAAAUAAUCCAAUGUAUGUGUGUGUCUGUAUAUGUAAGCCAUUCAUGUCUGUAUAUGUAGGCCAUGUAUGUCUGUAUAAGUAGGCCAUAUAUGUUAUAUUAUCGUGUGCGUGUGUCUGUAUAUGCUUGAAUGUGUAUCUGUGUAUGGUCGCCUAUGUAUGUCGUAUAAUCCAAUGUAUGUGUGUGUCUGUAUAUGUAGGCCAUGCAUGUCUGUAUAUGUAGGCCAUGUAUGUUAUAUUAUCAUGUGUGUGUGUGUAUAGAUUUGUAUAUGUGUCUGUAGAAUAAUAUAAUAAUAUAUCUACUUUUAUUUCUGUGUGUCUGUGGCAGAGUCGUAGUGAAGGGGGGCAGGGGGGACAUAUGUCCCCGGGCGCCAGCUUGUUAGGGACGCCCAAAAGUGUUUUGAUAUUAUUUUAUAGAUGAAAAUUAUUGGUUUGAGAGUUGAAAAAAAGGUUGUUUUUUUGGGGGGUGGGGGGGGGGGCUUUAAAAUGAAUCUCGUCCCCAGGCGCGAAUCUUGUCCCCUCCCCGGGCGCCAAACACUCUCGCCACGCCUCUGGUAUGUGGCUAUGUAUAUGUGUUUGUAUGAAGCCUCUGUCCCAAAUUUAAUAUCAGCCCAAUAUUUAAAAUGGAUUAAGUUCAUUUCAAUCUGAUUUAUGUCUAGUGUAAAGUUAUCGUUGACAUAAUGUGUGUAGUUUUUUUUGUGUGUUGUAUCCCCCCUCCCCCCCCCACCCCCUUUUCAACUGCCUCACAAAAUAAUACUGACUAUUGAGGUGUUCCAUCGUGUUGUAUUAAAUCAUCAUUUGCCUACUUGAAAUAAAGGAGGCUUAAGCCUACCGUAGCUAAAUACAAAUGACAAUCACCAUCAGGGGUGGACUAGGCCGCCGGGACACCGGGAAGAUUCCCGAUGGGCCGCUAAGACCGGUGAUAUAAUAACAAUAAAAGUCAUGAAGAUAGGGCCGCUUUUUGUUGUUUUUUUCCCGGGCCGCUUUGAUUUUUUCCCGGGCCGCUUUGAUUUUUUCCCGGGCCGCUUAAACUCCCCAGUCCAUCCCUGGUCCCCAUUAUGUUUAGGUGAAAAACUUUUUUUUUUUUCAAAUAGUCGUAAUUAAAAUUCCCUAACUCUUCUAAUCACAUUUUUUUUUUAAAUUACAAAAAUCCUUCAUUACGCAUGAAAUUCCUUUUUUUUUUUUUUUAAAAUAUUUACAAUUUGACUUUGUUUAGGUGAAAAACUUUUUUUUUUUCAAAUAGUCGUAAUUAAAAUUCCCUAACCCUUCUAAUCCCAUUUUUUUUUUAAAUUACAAAAAUCCUUCAUUACGCAUGAAAUUCCUUUUUUUUUUUUUUAAAAUAGUUACAAUUUGACUAUGACAUCUAACGCCCGAACACUACAUCUACUAAAUAAAGCUCAAUGUGACCAUGUUUGUUGGUAUAUGUGUUAAUGUGUAUUGCUACUUUAUAACAAAGGAAACCAAUGGAUCACAACCUUCUGAUCUCCUGACCCCCGCUCCCCUUUUUGACAGUAUGCGUGUUUCAUGGAAAGUGUGAUCAAAAUCCCUUUAUUCCAAAAGCUGCAAUUUUUAAAAAAAACCAUAAAAUGUAGAGGGUAAAAAUAGUAUCUUCAAAUAACUUUGAGUAAUGUUCAAGUUAUUUAUUAAAAUUUUAAAUAUAAAAAAAAAAUAUUUACUUAUUUAUAUUUUUGGUGUACGCAUUUCAAUAAGCUUUUAUUCAGAUCGGUCCAGAAUUCGUGACACUUUGUGGCGGGGGGGGGGGGAAGGGGGGAGGGGGGGGGGGGAAUAAAAAAAAUUGUGACGUCGCGAUUUAAAAUUUUUAUUUUCUAAUUUUGAAAAAUCUUUAUUCAAUUAAUUUCAGAUACAUUAAUACAAGGUCUAUAAUUGCCUCAGGUAUUAUAGGUACCGUGAAACGCAGUCGUGCACACCUUCUGCGCAUAUCGAAAAAUGACGCAAAAGCCGGGUUGAUGGGACCCGUUAGCCCUGGACGGCAACCCAUCUAAAGAGAGGGCGAACUCUGAAUCUAAACCAGGAGCCAGAAUGAUCGACAAAUUGAUCGCGGGCCCCUCAAAGAUAAGAAGAAGAAGAGAAGGCUUAGUAUAGGCUUAGUUAGGUUACAAUGCAAGCUUCUACGUAAAUGUUAGCAUCUGGGCCAAACUUGGCAAACAUAGGGGCCUCCCUACCUUUCACAAUCCCUUUAAUAUAUCGGUGGCUUUCAAACUAACAACAUCCACAGCUUUAUUAUUUAUUUUUUUAAAUAUUUGUUUUGGGGCGGGUGUGUGGGUGUAAUUUUAGUUUAAAUAAAUGCUUUAUCUUUUUGCGUUUUUUAAAACGAUUUUAAGUUAACGGAACAAUUUUUUGAAAAUAAAAUAUCUUCAUUAUCCAACCUAAAAUACUCAUUGUGUAAAAUAUUACAGAUUAAGUUCUUUGGGUUUACAACUGUAAACAUUUAAAAGGCAACAUCUUUGAAAAUUCCUUCCGAUUUUAAUGGGAUAAAUUUGAAAAAAAAAUUAACUUGAUUUUUAUCUGAAUGAUUUUUUAUAAUGGCCCCUAUCUCAGGGUAUGACUAAAAUGGCCAACUAAAAGACGAUUUUGUGGACCCCCUUGUGUUAUCGUUUUGGAGUAUAUGGGAUUUUAUCGUUUCAUCCACUAUCCAUGUCCCACCUAAAGACGAUUUAAGUGCCCCUUGAUGUUGUUGCCCGGGACGAGUUCCUCAUUCGAACCACCCCCCCCCCCCAAAUCGAUGUUGCACGGGAUGCGUUCCUCAUUCGACCCCCCCUCCCCAAUGGAUGUUGCACGGGACGAGUUCCUCAUACGACCCCCCCCCCCCCCCCCCCAAAAAAAAAGCCUCUCUACCCUAUUAGUGAUAACAAUAUAUGAAGAGGAAAAUAAAACAUUGAUUAUUAUGAAACCAUUUAGUAGGCCUCCUUUUUCAUACCGAUAUUUAACGACAUUUUUAUGAUUGUAUUGUGAAACAUGCUACAUGUAAAUAACUUAGAGAAUGAUUUAAAAUGUACUACUGUGAAGCACCCCAACCAUAUGGUUAUAAUUUAUUUGUACGGCUACACCAUCAACGGUCUUUUCAUAUUCACAUAUUCACUGCAUACACGUUUACCUCUAGCUAUUCCUGCUAAACAAAAGUGAACCUUGAAAGCAUGGGCUACGACCACGUAGACAAAAAACAACUUUUUAUUUUGAGAGAGAAAAUAGCAAAUGGAAUGUUUCUUAAGUUCAUAUCAUAUGCAGUAAUAUGCACGUUCAUGAUAAUUGAAAGGAAAGAAAUCAUAUAGAGUAAAAAUAUAAAAUUUUAUUUAAAAAAAAACUAUAUUAUUAAGUCUGUUUAAAUUAGCAUUAGCCCUGAUCAACUUACUGGAAUUGAGUUUAGAAACAACAAACAUUAUUUACUUUGAAACCAAGAAAACUAGGCGGCAUACUACGGGGAAGCCUCUGUUUUACCAACAAUGUUGGCGUACCUCAUACUUGAGAAAUGAGAAGAAUUUUUUGGGGGGGAGUAUUAUUCUAAUUUAAAAGUCGAAACAUUCCUUUGAUGUCCAUUCACCGUGGACCUAAUGUGUUUCAUAUAGCAACCCAAAGUUGAUUCAACAUUGAUCAUGGAAGCUGAGAAAAAUUUACAUACGGCGAUAUAAGUUAAGACAUAGAUCUAAUGAUAAUGUAAUGUUUAUUGAAUAUUAUUUACAUUCCCAUCCGGAUUAUGCAAACUAAACAAAAUAAUAUAGUUAUUGUGAUGUCAAUGUGUUACCAUAAGGCAUACUAUGUCAAAAUGUACGACGCCGACGACGGAUUUCGACGGCUGCUUCUCUAUCACUAUCACACGUCACACAGCUUGUCUCUGUGACCUGUGUCAUUCGCUCAGCCCAGUGACCUGAUUAUUGCAUCUGACGGCAGUUAUGAGUGAUUUAUGGCGAUGCCAGUUCAAAUUGCAAGUUUUAAUAGGUCAAAUCAGUAGUAGUUUUUUUUACUUUGUUAACCUGGCCUGCCUAAAAUUAAAAACCAGCUUAAUUUAUAUUAAUUUCAAUUACAAUUUUUCAUAACACUAUUAAUACUAUUAAUUUUAUUAAAUAUUAAAACUAUUAACACUAUUAUCAUUGGCAUAUGUAACAUAUAAUUAUAAUGAUAUUAUUAUUGAUUGAAUUUGAUAAUGAUAAUCAACUACUUAAAUUUUUUAGACUAAUAAUAGAAUUUAUAUUAACUUAUCUUAGCUUAUGGUACUUUUUUAUUCACUUCACUUUCACUCAGUAGUAGCAGUAGUAGUAAUAAUAAUAAUAAUAAUAAAGUUCAUUUCAAAAACACGCUUCAUCCCCAAAGGCUCGAAGCGCGGUUAAAAGUCAACAAAAAACAAAUCUAUAAUUUACCAUAUUUAAAACAAACGCAACACUACAAAAACUAAUUACAAGCAUACAAAUACAAUGGCAAAGUCUUUCUAGCCAUUUCAACCCUAAGCAACACAGCCAUUAUGCAUUAACUGGAAAAUAAGGUAGACAAUCAUCCCAGAAGGUGUUUGCGAAAUAGAUGUGUCUUUAAAUCGGUUUUAAUAGUAAUAGGUCUUAGACUUGGUAUUAGAGUAGACAACUCACUACUGAACUGUAACAGUAGUCAGUGUAGUGUAGUAGUAGUAGUAGUAGUAGUAGACAGUAGACCCACUUCAAAACUUGCCUAUCCACUAUCCUGUUAAUGUUAAUUGUUAUUUUUAAUUGUAUUGAUUUUGAUUGAAUAGGGUGUCAGGAUAUUUAAAAAAACAUCUAUGCAUUUAAAAAUUUUAUAAAUGAUAAUAAUAGUUAUUCCAAUAUAUUUGUAGUUGAGCUCGAUAUGGCCAGUGGCAUCAUCAUUUGACCUGGUUUAGAAGACUAAUUGAAAGAUAGAAUUAUUUGUUUCCAAUUAACUUGUCAUUAAUAACUUGUGCAAGAAUAUAUAAUGUAUAAUAUAUAAACCUCUGAUUACUAUACAUUAUGAUUUGUUUGUUUUAAAGUUAUUUUUUCUUUAACAUCUAUAGAUUAGACUGUGAUGUGGUCCAGCAAUCCAUGCAAUGGCUAGUCUGACAGUCACAUAUGUAUUGUGGCUUUUCUUUGGCUGGCUUGGACUCCACCAUGUUUACUUGGGUCGAUGUGACCAAGCCUUUGUCUGGUUCGCCACGCUGGGUGGUGGAUUUGGAGUCGGUUGGCUUAGAGACUUAUGGCGCAUUCCUCAUUAUGUCAAAUGGUCGACUGGUGAUCCGGCAUAUCAGAAAAAACUUUUGAUGAGGUAGACAUUUAGUAAACAUUUAAAUCAGUUUUCAUUAAUUUCAUAAUUUAGUGCAUUACACAAUUAAAAUAUCCCUUUUCUUACUAAUGUUUUCACUUAAGGUUUUUUUUUUAAAUUCAAAAUUAAACAUAUUUCACACAUUUUAUUUUUAUAGAUGAACAAAAUUAUAUAACCAAAGUAUUUAAGCUUUACUUUUCAAAAUCAAUAAUUUUUAAUUAGUCAUAAAUUGUCCACAAGUGCUACUUAUUUACUAGAGCAGUGCUUCUCAAAAUUUUAUGUCUGUAGCCUGGUUACUUUUUAUAUUUUUUCUUUAUGACCCACUAAACAUUUUUAAUGCUUAUUCUGACCUAUAGGUAAUAUAAAACAGAUAUGAAUGUCCAUAUAACUUAAUACAUUUAAAUUUAAAAAAAAAAAGAAAAAGAAUUUACUUUUACAAAACUGUAAAAAAACACAAAAACAGAAGCCUUUUAAAUAGCAGGUGUCAUUGUUUGGACUAAUUAGCUGUCAACAACGAGACAGCAAAACAUUCACAUUCUUUAACAAGCCAGCAUUAUUGCUUUACUUGUCUGGUACUCAGUAGUGAGCCAGUGUUGAGUAAAAUGCUGUAAUAGAGCACACUCAAAUGAGUAAUUAAAAACUCUUUUUUCCAGGAUAGCUGGUAACCUUACCCCAUCAUGCAGCUUGUUCCGUUUGGCUGGAAUCAUAGUCAUGGGCUAUGUCUGUGCAGCUGCACUGUGUUUCAUUGUUCCUGAAUAUCUACCAGAAGAGAUGACGGCCAGUCCUGUUUUCGGCACACUGUGUCUUUGGAGUGGGAAGCUGUUAUAUGUUAUUGGAGCGAUUCUAGGUAUGAUGAAAAUAAUAAGGUGAGGCUAUUUAAAUCACCUUCAUUGUCAAGUAUAGGCCUCUUUUAAAGAGGCGUAGGUUUUAAUUACAUACAGGGAAAAUUUGUGAAUAGCGCAAACCUUUGGGACCAUAACAAAAGUGGCACUACAACUAGUGCUGUGCGUUUAAAAGCGUCUGGGAAAUUCUGGUUUUACAUGUGUAUAUAUUGUGUAUAUAUUGUUAUUUGCCUCAUUAUUCUACAUGCGCACAUUUUGUUUCCUCCCAGUUCUACAUGUGUAUAUAUUGUUGCCUCCUAUUUCUACAGGUACAUAUAUUGUUGCGAACAUUGGUGAACUCCAAUGCUCCAUCAAACAACCUUUCUACGGCUGCCUGUUUCUAUUCUUCAGUGUGUUCUCUGAGGAUGGGAGGGUUUCAAUGGCACCGGUUCUCGCUGGACUCAGCAUAUGGUUUCGAGGAUUCAGAUGGCGCCAGCUGGAACCGGAAUCGGUCAACAGGGUCGGUGCCAAGAAGCGCCACUGUGUUAAUUUCUCAAUGUAUUGCCUGGUUUCGGGUGUUUGGCUCUUAAUCCUCUGCUUUGGUUUGUACUUCAACGCCAACGUCAGCAUUGAUGGGGGGGAGAAGAUACCGUUACGGGUGGCAAUAUCCAACUUCUUCAAGUCUGACGCCUGGAUACGCACCAAAGACUCGCUGUACCAGAUGUACCGCAUUUACCGCCAUGCUGGGUGGACCAGGAUGUUCAAUGACGCAAAACAACUAUUUGAUCUGUCCGGAGAAGGCCAUGCCUACAGGGUGAGUUGAAAACUAAGAUCAGUCAUAGAUGGUCUGGCCAGCAACAAAUCAAUGAGGGAUCAUGGGAAAUUUACAAAGAGUGAAUUUUAUGUGUGCACAUUAGAGCAACUAAAAAUUUAAUUUAAUUUGAAGACUUAAAAUGUUCAGUUCCAUCAAAUAAACCUGUGUUUCCCCUUGAAAUAAAUCAAGUGUUAUAAAGUAUGUUAUGAUUAAAAAAAACAGUGUUGGAUUGGAAAAAUGUGUAAGUGGGGGGGGGGGGGUGUUCAUGGAUUUGGUGAUGAAAAAGAAACCAAAAUAAAAGGUCUAAAACGGCUAAAGUCCCAAGGUUGAAAUGGCUUCCCCCCCCCCGUAUCUGGAAAUUUGUUUGAAAAAAAAAAACAGUGUUGGAUUGGGAAAAUGUGUAAGUGGGGGGGGGGGGGAUGUUCAUGGAUUUGGUGAUGACAAAGAAACCAAAAUGAAAUGUCUAAAACGGCUAAAGUCCCAAGGUUGAAUAGGCUUCCCCCCCUCCGUAUCUGGAAAUUUGUUUGAAAGAAAUUUCAUCUACGGAAAAUUGAUCGACGGAAAUUUGGUCGAAUCUUUUUUUCAGUUCACACAUUAAAAUUUUCGCCAAAUUUCGUUUUGAAUGCAUUAUUUUGUUUUACUAUAUAGUAUAGUGCAUUCAAAAAGAAAUUUGACAAAAAUUUUAACGAGUGAACUGUAAAUAAGAUUAAACUAAAUUUCCGUUCUACUAAAUUUCCGUCGAUCAAUUUUCAGUCUACGAAAUUUCUUUUAAACAAAUUUUCGGUAACCCUUCUUCCAUCCCAUUUUUUUCAAACCCACUCACUUUUCAUCUUUUUUUAUUAUCUCCCAUGCCACCUGAGAGCCAGUCCUACUUUGAUGGGUUUUUUUUGGGGGGGGGGGGGGGGGGGGUUCUUUUGGGAUGAGCAAUCAGACAAAGAUGAACAACUCAUCAUGUUAUGGCAGACAUCAGCUGGAACACCCAUUAGGGAUUUGAUGCAAAUUAGUUGCAGUGAAUAAUUGUUGUCUGAUUGAUUAUUCAUAGUGUUGACCUGUUCAGACAGAAAUAUUCCCUUGGACCUCUGGAUUUAUUUAUAGACUAACGCAAUGUAGCAUCUUUGUGUCAUAUAACACCCCCCCCCAUGUUUUUUCCCCCUUUCCCUGUUCACACAGGAUUUGGUUGAUACCUCUGUUUUCAUAUCCUGGAUUUCAUGGUUCUUGCCCUGCACUUAACAAUUAGAACUUCCGAAUCAUUGGACCAACCUACUGAACCAAAGCCGAAACUAGGUGCCCUGGGUGACCUUUUAAUCUCGGCGCACCCCUGCAAAAUGUGCCUCUGUGUUUUUUUUGGAGCCCUUUCUACCACGAGGGGCUGCCCACCUCGCCCAUCCAAUUUUUGUACUCUGUACAAUGCUUAAAAAAAUAAAUAUAUAAAUAAAACCACUUACUACAUUAGUCUAUCCUGAUAAAAUAAAUCUACAUUUGUUCAUGUUCUUAUCUAAUUUAUGUCUGCUGUUGUGGGAUGAUUUUUGUGUCACCGUAACCAGAACUAUUUGUGUCACUUUUCCAGAUUCUUGACCUCGACAGUAAGGCAUCUCAGGAGGAAAUAAACAAGCGUUGCCGCAGCCUGUCGCGUGACAACCACCCCGAUCGCUUCAAGGAUCCCACGGAGAAGGAGAAUGCGCAGGAGAAGUUUAUAGAGAUUCAGGCAGCUUGCAGCACAUUGUCGGCGACAAGAACGAGACGAGCCAAGUCAAGCAGUCAGUCAGAGGACAAGAAAACAGAUUCUAAUCCAUUUGGGCAGAAGGACGAAUUCUAAACCAAUCUUAACCAGGUGGUGGAUAUGAUAACAUGUGAUGGCCCGUAGGUAGUAAACAGGAGGUAGCCAAUAAUAAAUAUGUGAUGGCCAUUGACAGCCAAUAGUAAAAUGGUGGUAGUGUAAAUUAAAAAGUGAUAGCCAUAAUAUAGUCAACAGGUGGUAGCCAAUUAAAAAAAAAGUUUGUUUUCUAAUAGUAAACAGGUGUUAACAAUGUUAGGUGAAUGUCAAUGCUAGUCAGGUGAAUGCUAAUGCUAGUCAGGUGAAUGCCAAUGCUAGUCAGGUGAGUGCCAAUGCUAGUCAGGUUAAUGCCAAUGCUAGUCAGAUGAAUGCCAAUGUUAGUCAGAUGAAUGUCAAAGUUUGUCAGGUGAAUGUCAAUGCUAGUCACUUGUAUAUAAAUGGAGCCAUAUUGUAAUAGCCAUGACAUGCCCAGCCAUAACUCACAGCCAUGUUAUACCCAGCCAUCUCAAUGUGAUCUCAAAGCUAAAUUUAUUUCUUAUUUUUUAAUAUAAAUAUUUAUAUAUUCAUGUUUGGGAUACGCAGGCCACAUGACCAAUGAUGAUGCUUUGCUAUAAAAUCAUUGAUCUGCACUGAGAUUGUAUGGAAAAAACAACAACUUUCUAAGUGAGUGAAGCCAACCUUCAGCUUUUAAUGGAUUCAGUUUUUAAAAAAACAACACAUAUAUUCCAAAAAUGAAUAUAUACAGUGCAAUGAAAACAAAUUUCCUUUUGUUAUAUCGCUAAAGGAAUCUAAUCUUAAAUUGUUGGGUGAUUCAGGAUUUUAAAAACUAGAAAAUUCAAACUGUGUAAAAAUGUAAUAAAUUGAUUAUUUUUUGGUAUCGAUUAUUAUAUCAACUUUAAUGUAAUAUGUUUGUUUGUAGGGUUAUCAUGUAACAUUUUUUUAAAAUAAUUUAAUUGAAAUAUUUAGAGACUUUCUGUUCAAGGGCAUCAACUAGACAAAAACUUGUUGCACUAGAUAUGCCAACUUUCAUGUGUGCCGCUGGAAUAUAAAGUGUGGCCUUUAGCUAAAGUUAAGUUGGACAGCUCUGAUAUAUAUAUAAAUAAAAUCAAUCCAAAUACGUUUUUCCGGGUGCGUUUUAACUGCAAAUUGAGAUUUGAAACCUUUAUUGAAAUUCAUCAAAUCAAAUUUAAAUAAUAAUAUACUACUUUGGAUGCUGACCCACAAAGUAACAGAUGAUUUGAAACACUUGAAUGAUGUUUGGCAACACUUAGUAAUUAGCUUAGGUGCAUUGUUCGAUGAAAGAGUGUGAAUACUGCAGGACCAUAGCAAAAUAGGUUGUUUUGCUGAUUUUUUUUCUUCUUAAACUGUUGUUACACCCGGCCUUGUCCUAGGACCAAACAAUUUUUUAACUGCUGCAACUGUUUUGACAUUCAUCCCCAAUUUGUUUUAAAGGUCCUUAAGGGCCAAAAUGUUUAUACUUAACAAAUUACUAAUGCAAAAAUAUUGAUCCGUAGCAUAAGUUAAUAUUUGAAUCAAUCGUUUUUAGAGUUACGAGAUUUAUGAUAGAAAAUUGACUGUUAUUUCGACUUAUUCCUCCUCGCUUGUCAGUGCCAUUGUUACCGCAAAUAUCUUGUUAUUAAUUUACUCAAACAAACGGCUUCUGGUGAUGCUUAAAUUUUUUUACCACAUUUUAUUAAUUUAUUAUUUAGUGUUAACACCGUGUUGAGCUGACCGUUGGUGUGUAAACAAGAUUGUCAAGAUAAAUCAAGUAGAUCAGAAGAUUUCCCCACAAUGUGUUUUUUUCUCGCUGGGUGCCAGUACCAGAUGUUUCAAUCUAUAGCAUUUUAUUUUACAAAAGUGAUGUUAUUUUUAUCAUUCACUGCAUUUAUUUUUAAAUUCUCCAUUUAUUUAUUAGUCAUUAUGUUCAUUCAGCUGGUGUGUCAUAAAUUUGGUUUUGCAGCUUUAUUUUAUUAGAAUCAAUUAAACUUCUUUUAAUAAACAUUUUUUCUCUUUUAUCUCUUCCCCCCUCUCUCUCCCACAUUUUUUUACAAACAUUUUUUUCCCUUUUUUUCCCCCCCCCCCCCCCAAUGUUAUUUUUAAAAAAAACUCUUCUUGUUAUCUACAAUUUUUUCACUUAUGAUUUUUACAAUACUAAUUUUUUUGUCCUAAAAAUUAUCUAUUUUGUUCUGUCCAUUAUGUAACAGGGUUUAAUUUAUACUUGACCUUAAUAUUCAAUCAAUGACCAGUGACUUUAUAAAAAUGCAAUUUUCCAGUUUUAACUUUUAUACCUGUUACAUAAGUGAUAUACAAUUUUUCUUCAUUCAUUGGAGCCAACAAGUUAUUUAAAAAUAACAAUAAAUCAAGUUUAAAAAAAAUAUAUAUAUUCAACGUCAAAUAUCAAAUACGUAGUUUUUAAUUGGAACUGAAACAAAAAUAUUUGUUAAAAUAUGACGUCUUCUUGUUGUUGAUUUGCCAUCUAAAUUGUGUAAUACUAGUACGUAUUUAUUUUAUAAGGAAGAUCAACAUAAUAUUUAUACAUUGUACCAUAAGUUUAAGUAUUAUUCCCCUUGGAAUACUCGGCAAACAAUGAUAGGACCGGUUGUGGUUUAACAUUCAAGAAGCAACGGUUAAAUUGGCAAAUUUAAAAAUAAUUAGACGCUACAUCACGUCAAAUAAAUGUUCAAAAAAAAAUUGAAAUAAUAAUACAAAGCUACGAGGAAUUUUUAAAAGUUCUAACAAAUUAAUUUCAUUCUUUUAUUUAUGUUAAUUUAAGUUUUUUUUUUUUUUUUUACAACGCUUUUGACAGAUAUGAUUGAAAUAAAACCAGGGGCGCCCGUAGUCCGUUUAGGCUACUUUAGGAUAUCGUAAUGAAUUUUUAACGCCCUAAGAUUUAUUAUACUGGAGAAUAUCGUAAUGAAUUUGUUACGCCCUAAGAUUUAUUCUACUAGGGAAUAUCGUAAUGAAUUAUUAACGCCCUAAGAUUUAUUCUACUAGGGAAUAUCGUAAUGAAUUUGUUACGCCCUAAGAUUUAUUCUACUAGGGAAUAUAGUAAUGAAUUUGUUACGCCCUAACAGACCUGUUUACUCUUACGAUUUUGGCGUACAAUGUACGAUUUUUAGAUGUCUUUUACGUUUGUACGCCGAGACCCGCCAAAACUACGAUUUUCAGAGGUCGGG